GAACAGUCUCAUCCUUUUCUAGUGUGACGAGUAAUUGUUGAUGGCACUGAACUAGACGACAUUUGAUAGUUCCAGUCGCCAAAAUACGUCCGCAAAUUUUCACAAAAUUCUAAUUUUUAGGGUGAUAGAAGGCAUAUUUGUACUUUAGGCACAUGUUGCUAGGGUUUUCAACAUUGUCUAGUCAAAAUAACGUUAUUUUCUGAUGCAAAUAGUGUGAAACGACGAUGCUGCGUUCCUGAACUUAAAUCUAUUUUGACUGGCAUUAAUCAGGAUAGUGCACAGUUCGGCAACAGUCCAAAACUCCCGUGUUUAUUUGGCACUUAACCUCAAACUUUUGACCGGUAUAACAUUUGAAAAUUUCGCUACUCAAAUCUCAAGUUGCUUCCAAUUUCAAUCCUCUAGCACCAUGCCUAAUGUGGAAAUCAAAGCCAAAGUGUCCAAUCUCUCUUUACUGCUAGAGCGCGCGGAAAAACUGGCCGGCAGCGAAGCCCUGGUGCUUAAGCAACACGACACCUUCUACUGCACGCAAAAGGGGCGACUGAAGUUACGCCGUUUGCUGGACGCAAAUGGUGAGGGUGAGCUGAUCCACUAUAACCGACCAGAUACUGAAGGACCCAAACUGUCGCAGUUUGAAAAGGUGACUAUCGGCGCUCAGAGUCUCAACGGACUUCACGAUGUACUCACCGCAGCCCUGGGGGCUAGAACAGAUGUGCGCAAAGUGCGGCGACUGUUUCUGGUUGGCCAAACCAGGGUGCACAUCGACCAAGUGGAAGGACUGGGGGAUUUUAUGGAGCUGGAAGUGUGCUUGAAAGAGGGACAAACGGUAGAGGAAGCGAAGCAGGUAGCGCAGGGUUUAAUGGACAAGUUGGGGAUUGAAAAGGAGGACUUGAUUAGUGGCGCUUAUGCGGACUUUUUGUGAAAUAACAAGUAAGUCCUUAAAAAAGUAUUAAAUCUUACAGUCAAAUACCUACCUAAUUGUUAGAAGUAAAUUCUAAAACUGUUAUGGUACCUUUUACUUUAGAUUUCUUAGGUUGGUAGUAUUGCUUUUAACUUCAAUAAAGGUGUAGUUCAUGCAGGUAUUC